AUGGUGCAGUUCACUGACUUUAUGAGGAUCCACCAAACCCUCAAUGAAAUGGAGUACGUGCACAAAGACGAUGCCGCAAAGGAUACUAAACCUCUAUGCAAAUUGUGCAUCGAGUUAGACGAAACUCUUCUUAAAGCCUUGAAGAGUAUUUGGAAAGCUAGCACCGACUUUGAAGAAGAUUUCAACUGGGUCUUUGUCGAUGACAGGAUUCAUCUGGUACCUGGCGAUGUAGUCAUGGAUGAUAAUGACUUGAAAAUUGCGCAAGCCCUAUCGCCCUCCGAGCGCACUCGGGUUUCUAAAGAGCAUGGUACAAAAUUCUAUUAUUAUUCGGAACCAUCCGAUAUCAACAAAGUCAAGCCUACACGCUUUAAGGGUCCUACACCAAGAUGGGAUUGUGGUCAAGAAGACAACGACAGUUUCACAUGGGCUACUAAGAGUUCCGACGGACCGAUUCGGCUAGAAAUAUCUUAUGAUGUCAGAAUCCCAAGAGCGGGAUAUGAUGGUUUGUCCCCACCGGACAGCAGUAUCCCUAUGUUUCGUCGAUCCAAGCAGUUUUGCCUUGAUGCACGGCAACUUUCUGAGGCUGAACGGCUCAAGCAAGUACGCAUCGUACUCGACAAAAUUGUCAGACAUUACAAGGUGCCCCGAGAGAUACAGUAUCGGGGUUGGGCGCUGUGUGCUCAUGGCGCCGAGUGCACAGGUCAUCAUGACACCCACGAUAGAGAUUGGAUUGUUGAACGAGGUCCCGAUCUAAGUUUGUUCAUAGAGAGGGAGAUAUCAAAAUUAAACGAUGAGUUUGUGUCCCUGGAUCAGGUUGGACUGGGUCCUACAAUGCAGAUCCGCCUUGACACAAAAAAAGAAGACAAGAAGCGACGGAGACGGCUUGCAUUGGGUCAGGGAAUAUACCAAGACUCGGUCGAUGACUGGAAAAUGAGCGGAGGCCUUGGCGGUCUUGUAGAUUGCAUGCUCCAUGACAGAGUGUUGAUCGGUGCUUGGGGUCGCGGUGGUACGAAGAAGGAGACUAGACAAGUACCCGCCCAAUGGGCACAUGGCUGUGGUCUUAAGGGUCAAGAACGUGCCAUCCAAGCAGUCCGAGAUCUGCAUGCCUGGCCCGAAUGCUGCGAGUGGUGUUGA